AGUCGGCUUUCCGAGAAUUCCGAAGAUAAACAUAUGCGACAGUCAAGUUGUGGCCCUUGUCUGCAGUAGUAAUGGCGCGGGUGGAUGAGGCGCAACAGGCGAAGGCCUUGGACGGUCGUCUGGCUCUCGUGACGGGCGGCGGGGGAGGAAUCGGGGCCAGCAUAUGCGCCGCUCUGGCCGAGAAGGGGGCCAGAGUCCUGGUCGCCGACAUUGACUUGGACGCGGCGCAGAGAGCUGCCGGAGUGCUGCCAGGUGACCGGAAACAUGGAGCACUCCAGGUGGACAUCGGGAACUCCGCGAGCGUGAAAGGAAUGUUCGAACACAUCAAGAAAAUGUCGUCCGUUCCAGUCAGCAUUGUGGUGAACUGUGCCGGAACCGUGGCCGGGUUCGCUUCGAUCAUCGACACCACCGAAGAGAACUUCGACAAGGUAGUCAGGGUCAAUCUGAAGGGCACAUUUCUGGUAACCCAAGAGGCCGUGAAGGCCAUGCUCUCUGGCGGUGUUCAGCAGGGCAGUGUUGUGAACAUUUCGAGCCUCACCGCUAGGAUUGGCAUGAAGGGCUUGUGCGGCUACGUGGCGUCCAAGGCAGGCGUCGUGGGUUUCACCAAGACCGUGGCCCUCGAUCUUGCCGGGACAGGCAUCCGCUGCAAUGCCGUUCUUCCCGGCUACACCGACACUCCUGCGGCGAAUCGCAUGACUCAGCAGCAGAAGGACGACGUGCUGGCCACCAUUCCACUGGGGAGACCGGGGAGGCCUCGAGAGAUCGCGGACGUUGUGGUGUUUCUCUGCUGUCCCGAAAGUUCGUACAUGACGGGCGCUGUCAUAGAGGUGGCAGGCGGCAUUGCGUAACGUCCCACUGACUGGGAUUGAAAGAGACGUUUUUGUUCAAGUUUUAUUGAAUACUGCAACUGAAUUCUAGCGCUUAGUUUAUUGCCUGAAUGUCAGCCACGUUCUGGCCACACCAGGGAGACACCAAGUGUUUGCUCGAAAAUAUACCGAGACAUUAUUUAAAAUGAAUAAACCGAAUGUCGUUAGGGCACUA